AUGGAAAUUGCACUUUCUCUUCACAAAUCCCAAACUCCUCUUCUGGGUUCUUCAUGUCCUGGGAACCUUUCCCCUUUGGGGCGUUCCUUUGCCUCGAAGGUAAGACAUUAUUGGAGUCGCCCCUUUUCCCGGAUUUGUUGUUCCUCCAUGGAACGAAGGCUGAAACCCAGACCCAAGAAAAUUGGGAAUGUUGAAAGACAAGUAACUGUUUUGGAGGAUAGCCAGAUCAGGAAAACGUCCUCUUCUGGGAUCUGUUGUCAAAUAGAGAAGCUGGUUUUGUAUAAUAGGUACCGGGAGGCAAUGGAGUUGUUUGAAAUUUUGGAACUUGGAUAUGAUGGCUCUGAUGUGGGUGGUCGCACCUAUGAUGCUUUGGUGAGUGCUUGUGUCGGUUUGAGAUCGAUUAGAGGUGUUAAGAGGGUUUAUAAUUAUAUGAUCAAUAGUGGGUUUGAGCCUGAUUUGUUUGUGAUGAACAGGUUUUUGUUUAUGCAUGUGAAAUGUGGUCUCAUGCUUGAGGCACGAAAUUUGUUUGAUGAAAUGCCUGAAAGAGACACGGUUUCGUGGAUGACCAUGAUUGGUGGACUUGUGGACUCUAGGAAAUUCUCUGAAGCUUUUAGGCUGUUUCUUUGUAUGUGGGAAGAGUUCAAUGAUGGAGGAUCUCGCACGUUUGCAACCAUGAUUAGGGCGUCGGCUGGAUUGGGCCUUGUUCAAGUGGGAAGGCAGAUUCAUUCAUGCGCUUUGAAAAGAGGGGUCGGUGAUGAUAAUUUUGUGUCUUGUGCACUGAUUGACAUGUACGGCAAGUGUGGUAGCAUCGACGAUGCACAUUUUGUAUUUGAUCAAAUGCCAGAGAAGACAACUGUUGGAUGGAAUUCAAUUAUCGCUACCUAUGCACUUCAUGGUUAUAGUGAGGAAGCUCUUAGUUUAUACUAUGGAAUGCGAGAUAGCGGUGCAGCAAUAGAUCAUUUUACUAUUUCAAUAGUGAUAAGAAUUUGUGCGAGAUUGGCGUCAUUAGAAUAUGCAAAGCAAGCUCAUGCUGCUUUAGUUCGUCAUGGUUAUGGCACAGAUAUAGUGGCAAACACUGCACUUGUUGACUUCUAUAGCAAAUGGGGUAGGAUGGAAAAUGCCCAGCAUGUUUUCAACAGGAUGAGCUGCAAGAAUAUCAUAUCUUGGAAUGCAUUGAUUGCUGGAUAUGGUAACCACGGUCAAGGAGAAGAGGCUGUAGAAAUGUUUGAGCAGAUGCUUCAAGAAGGGAUGAUUCCUAACCAUGUUACUUUCCUUGCUGUCUUAUCUGCUUGUAGCUAUUCAGGAUUAUCAGAAAGAGGUUGGGAGAUUUUUCACUCUAUGAGUAGAGAUCACAAGGUUAAGCCCAGAGCAAUGCAUUAUGCAUGUAUGAUUGAACUAUUAGGCCGGGAGGGCUUAUUAGACGAGGCUUGCGCACUAAUAAGAAGUUCUCCCUUCCAACCAACGAAAAACAUGUGGGCAGCCCUGUUGACAGCAUGCAGAAUGAACGAGAAUCUAGAGCUGGGGAAGUUGGCGGCUGAAAAGCUUUAUGGGAUGGAGCCGGAGAAGCUGUGUAAUUAUGUAGUGCUUCUGAACCUAUACAACAGUUGUGGAAAAUUGAAGGAAGCUGCAGGUGUUUUGCAGACCUUAAAGAGGAAGGGUUUAAGAAUGCUUUCAGCGUGUAGUUGGAUUGAGAUAAAAAAACAACCUUAUGCCUUCCUUUGCGGAGAUAAAUCUCAUUCCCAAAGAAAGGAAAUUUAUGAAAAGGUGGACAACCUGAUGGUUGAGAUAUCUAGGCAUGAUUAUGUUGAGGAGAAUGAAACUUUGCUUCCUGAUGUGAAUGAAGAGGAACAGCGCAUUCUAAAAUACCACAGCGAAAAGCUGGCUAUAGCUUUUGGACUUAUCAACACUCCACAUUGGACACCUUUGCAAAUCACUCAGGGCCAUCGUGUGUGUGGUGAUUGCCAUAAUGCAAUUAAACUUAUAGCCAAGGUUACUGGACGGGAAAUUGUGAUAAGAGAUGCUAGUAGAUUUCACCAUUUUAGAAAUGGUAGUUGUUCUUGUGGCGAUUAUUGGUGA